CCCCCCUCCCUUUGGUCCUCCUCCACGCCACCGCCAGUAUCGCUUCUCCGUUCCUCGCUGUUGGAAGGAUGGCCUCCCGGGGCAACCACACCUUCUCCUCCUUCCAGCUGUCAGUUGGCCGGUCCCUCCUGGACGGCCAGCUAACCGGCGACACGAAGUCCCUCACGAGCAUCGAAUCUUACAGCAGCGUCGAUAGUCCGACAUUGCACCUGUUCGAGUUCAAUCAGAUCCCGCAAACCGUGGAUGCAACCCAAGCUGGCCGGCUGCGUCCCGCCACCGGUGACAGCUCCGACUGGCACCUGCAGUUUCCGUCGACCCUUCGCGGCACUGCCCCGGAUGAGGCUCAUCAAAAAAACCACCUCUUUGAUGGCCCCCAAUGCCCCCCGGCCCCGGAUGACCCGCACGGCGGCGGUGGGCCGCGCUACGAGUGCCUCUUCGUCUACGACGAAAAGACCCAGUCCCUGGUGCUGGAGCGCAUUGGCUCCCGCUUCCGAAUGACGUCCUCCCGGCAGGGGCCCUUCAGCAGCUUGCCUGCCCAGGGUCUGGCCAAGCAGCCGGCGUCCCGGCGUUCGACUCAAGCCUCGCUGUCUUCUCAGCAAGCUUCCCAAGGCCGGCGCUCCUCCUCGGCGGCUGGGGCCUUCUCCAGUGACGAUGAUGAUGCCGGCCCGGGAGCCGGUGCCUUUUCCUCGUGCACCGAUGACGAUGACGAGGAAGCCGGCCGCUCGCAAGCUGGCCACGCCCCGGCCCCGGCUCCGACCUCAUCCCCAAGCGUGAUCGAUGGCAAGCGCCCGCCAGCCAGCGACCGGGGGAGACCUCCGGCGGAGAAGCGCUCGCGCUUCUCACAAACGUCCCCGCAUGUUGCCUCCUCCACCACGCCCCCGAUGCGGCCGGUCGCCUCGCCCGCCGUUGCCUCCACUCGGGCAGAGGCGGAGCCCACCUCGCCGGCGGCCCCGGCGGUGGGGUUCUCCCCGGACUCCGAUGACUGGCUCUCCUCCUCGCCGUCGCCAUCGCCGUCAUCCGCCCGAUCGCCCGCUGGCCGAGGGAUGAGCCCCGUCCGUGCCAGCCCGGCCGGCGCCAGUCUGAACUCCGGCCCGAAUGCCGGCCCCAAUCCCGGUCCACUCUCCAUCGCUGUCGGUAGUGCCAGCGGCUCGGCUCCUCAUGCGCCGUCCGAAGCGCAGCACCGCCCGCAGUCUCAGACUCCCGCGCUGUCUGCCAGUGUCCAAGGGUCAGUGGCGCCUGUGGCUGCGCCCCCUCGGCCGACCUUGACGGCUUCUCCGUGGGCCCAGUCGGUCGGUGGUGGUGGUGGUGGUGGUGGUGCUCGGGGACCGGUUGGUGGGGUCGGGGCUGGUGGAGCCGGCGGGCCCGGAUCCAGCGGCACCACAACCCCCACCACGCCCGGUUGCCUGACCCCGGCGGAGUUCGGCAGCAGCGGGGGGAGCGGAUCCGACUCGGGCCGUAUGUCCGGCCGCCGGGCUCCUGCCCGGACAGUCCCCCGGUCCAUCGGGUCCACCUCCUCCUUUUACAGUCAUGUCAAGGUGGCCAGUGAGCUUAGCACUUCAUCGCCGCCGAGUGGCGUCGCGCGGAAUGCCCGGCCCGGCGCACGCCGAACUGCCGCUCCCGGCUCCGGGCAGGCCAGCCCAUCGGAUGAUGGCUCCGAUGACGACUCGGAUGACGACGACUCGGACUCCGACGAUUCGGAUGACCUGAGCUCCGACUCCGAAUGAAAGGGUGUUGUCUAUUUUUGUCUGGAAGCCGCGGGCAACGGCCAGGAUGAAACUAAAGAUACAAUGGGCACACACACGUGUGCGAAGUACACACGCGUGCACCAAUACACAAGCGCACACAAGCGUGUGCAUGGCCGAAUCCCCCCCCCUGUGGAGUGAGAGAGCCAACAUAAAGGGAGAGCCUUUUACAGCCGGAGGCGGGGGUGAAGAGAGAGAGAGAGG